AUGAAAGCACAGGAAAAAGAGCAGAACAAACUCCAAAACGGAGGAGUCUUAUUCAUGGCCAAUGAGACAGGGGAUCAUGAGACUCAAUACUGCUUUCCUGCCAUAAACUCAUCAUGUAUCAAGAGAAGACGUUCUAGAUAUGAAUAUGAUUUCAUGUACUUGUUUUUUUCAUUGCUGUCAGCAUGGACUGUGUUUCUGAAUCUGCUGGUGAUCAUCUCCAUCUCUCACUUCAAGAAGCUCCACACUCCAACCAACCUGCUCAUUCUCUCUCUGGCUGUGGCCGACCUGCUUAUUGGACUUAUUGUCAUUCCCAUAGAGGCCUUCAGGCUGAUUGAGACCUGUUGGUACUUUGGAGACACUUUCUGUGAACUGUUUCAAAUGACCCUUGCACUGCUUCUCUCAACAUCUCUUAGCACUUUAACUUUCAUUGCUGUUGAUCGUUAUAUGGCUGUGUGUCAUCCUUUAAUGUACCCACAGAAAAUAACCACAACUAAAACUGUAAUAAUAAUCUGUCUCUGCUGGAUUUGCUCUUCAGUUUACAACACUGCCCUUGUAAGCACUAGCAGACAUUUUAACACUAUAAACAGAACAGAUAAGUGUUAUGGAGAGUGCAUCUUUAUGGGUCAUUUUAUCUGGACAAUUAUUGACGUGUUGCUGUCUUUUCUGUUACCUUGUACUCUUAUCAUAACUUUAUAUUUGAGGAUAUUCUAUGUUGCACACAAGCAAGUCAAAAUCAUUAACUCUCUACUUAAGGCUGGAAAAUGUGUAACGGAAGGCUCUGUGAGGAGGAAAUCUGAAAGCAAGGCUACUCUAACAUUAGGAAUCAUUGUAACGGUUUAUCUGCUAUGUUAUAUUCCAUUCUUUAUUUUGUCUCUAUCAGGAAAUACAGAAAUGGCAUUAACUUCAACCAUUAUAUUAUGGCUUUUGUAUGUUAACUCAGGUCUGAAUCCUCUUAUCUAUGCUUUAUUUUACCCCUGGUUUAAAAUGUCAGUGAAACACAUCCUUACUCUUAAAAUAUUUCAACCAGCAUCUUCUCUGGUAGAUUUUUUUAGAGUUUAG